ACCCUCAUCGCCUGCGUCGCUGCAGCGCCUCGUUCGCCGCACCGCUCCCGCUCGUUCGAGCGCGACUCGCCGCUCGCUCAGACGCCUCUGCGUCCGCCUGCUGCGCUCUCAUCCGCACCCGAAGCUCGGCCGCACGUCUGUGUGACUGCGCGGUGCUGGCCCGUCGGCAUCCGCACCUGGCCGCAGGCCCCUCUGCCUCUCCGCUGUGCCUCGAGACGCGCCCAUGAUGACUACCUCGCCCGCCGGCCAGCCGAGCCAGGCUGGCACGCCGUCGCACAGCGCCGUCCACUUCGCCGCAGAGGCGGGCAGCAGCCGCCAGAGCGGCGCCGGCAGCAGCAGCGGCGGCAGCAACAGCGCCAGCGGCAGUGGCAGCAGCAAGAGCGGCAGCCACGACGCCGAGCAUGCGCGCCGUGCCAGCGCCGACGAGCACGGCGCAGGGCCGUCGGGCACCAGCGGCAUGGGCGGCUUCAACCUCGAUGCCUUCGACUUCGGCGCCGACUUCACGCUCCCAUCCUCGCUCGACGAGCUCAACAUCUUCACCCACAGCGGUGCGCAUGGUGCCGACGGACAGGGCGGACAGGGCCCUGCGCCGCACCAGCAGCACACGCCUGGCCAGAGCCAUGCCUUUGCGCACCACAGCCACUCCAACUCGGCGCCGGGCAGCGUCGGCGCGCCUAGCCCUGCAUCCAUGUCGCAUGCAGGUAGGCCCAGCACCUACUCGCCGGCCAGCUCGCACCGUGGAGCCGCAGCGAGCGACAGCAGAGGCAGCCGUCAUGGCAGCCCGCGCGUGAGCCAGCUCUCGGGCAAUGCGGCCAUGGCACAGAGCGGCUCGUCCAACGGCACGAGCGGCCCUGCAGGCGCUGCCUUUGGUGGUGCCGGAUCGCCGCUCGCCAAUUUGCUGAUGAGCAUGUCGAAUAAUGCUGCCGAGUCGGCCUCGCGCGGCAGUGCCGCCUCGCCUGCGGCCUCGAACGUCGCACAGCUGCUCGAGCAGUCGGGCCAGAUGCAGCUGAGCAUCGGCGACAUCCAGCGCAUGCUCAUGGAGAAGGAGCAGGCGGAGCGCCUGCAGAACAUGCAGACGGCCGUUCUGCGGCAGCAGCUCGAGGCGCUGCAGCGGCAGGCAGACAGCCGCGGCAACCACGGCCAGUCGUCGAUGCCGUCGAACGUCCAGGCGUACGCCCUGCAGCAGCUGCAGCAGCAGCAGCAUCAACAGCAGCAGCGGCAUCAGCAGCAGCAACAGCAGCACGCCGACCUCAUCAGCAUGGCAGCGCAGGUCAGCGGCAGCAACGGCAACACGCCGACGCAGCAGAACCCCGGGCCGGGCAGCAGCGCGCCGUCGCCCUUCAUGAACGCCUUCAGUCCGAAUGCGUACGCUCAGCAGCGCGACGGCUCGGCGCAAAGCCCGCACGCGCAGAUCAACAACCCGUUCUGCCAGCCGAACAUGCCCAUGAGCUCGGCCAUGGCGCAGUACGGCCUGAUGACGCCCGUGCACUCCGGCGCCUUCAAUUCGGGCCAGCAGAUGUCAACGCCCUACAUGAACGGAUCAUUCACUCCGCUCGAGUCUCCCGCGAUCACUCCCGCCAGUGUCUUCUCCACCGGCGCGAGCACGACGGCGGACUUCUUCUCUCCGCUCACGUCGCCGGCGCUUCGGCCGCAGCCACCGUCAGCGAGCGACAUCAUGAUGCUGCCGCCUGCGGCCAGCCCCCACGGCGGCGCACCGGGCCGCUCCGGCAGCCUGAGCCGGCGCGGCGGCCGCGCAGGCUCGGCGACGUCGCCGCACUUCGGUCCGCAGGGCCACAGCACCACGCCCACAGCCAGCCCACUCGCGCUCAUGGGCCAUGCCAAGCCUGGCCCGCUGCCGCGGAAGAACCGCUCGACCACGGCAGAGGCGCGCGCCAACAAGGUGCGGCCCAGCCCGCUGGUGAAGCCGACUGCUCCCCCAGCGCGCGCCGCUCGCUCGCGCGACUCUACUGCCGCAAGCCCAGCCACCACGUCGGGGCCCGGCUCGCGUCGUCCCAGUCUUUCCGAGGCGGCAGGCGCCAAGCCUGGCACUGCUGCGGUGCCCAACAGCUUCACUCCGCUGAUGACGGGCGCGGGCAAGUCGCUCGAGGCUAGCCCAAGCGAGGGCGCUGCGAGCACGCCGAGUCCGAUUGACUUGAGCUCGGGCUCCAUGCCGCCGCCGGGCGCCUCGUCGAGCGGCAAGCCGCUGACACCGGGCAGUAUCAUGGGCAUCGGACAGAAGAGCAGCGCUGCGAAGGCCAACGGCGCGGGCCCGAGCAAGCUGAAGGGCAAAGGCACGGGCACGCCGGACAAGGCCGUCACAUUUGCAGCUGAUGCGGUCCAGAAGACGAGCGAUGCAGUGAUGCGCGUUCCCCCGCCCGGCGGCCUCUCUCCGGCCGAGCGCGAAGAAUGGGCGAACUUCAAGUCGUCCGGCGGGAUUGAGUCGCGGCGCACGUCGCACAAGGCGGCGGAGCAGAAGCGCCGCGACUCGCUCAAGUUCUGCUUCGACGAGCUGCGCGGCAUGCUGCCGGGCAUCACGCUCGACGACGAUGCGCCCGGCGGCUCCUACCUCGGCCCCGACGGCGCGCUCGAGGACAUCGACGUUGAGCAGUUCGACCCCGCCGAGCUGUGCGACGCCGAGACCUCUCGUCUUGCCAACCGUGCCAUCAGCAAGGUCGCGCUGCUGCGCCACUCAAACGAGUACCUCGUGCGCAUCACUACGCGCCUGGCGCGUCGCGACGCCGCGCUGGCCGAUGCGCGCAACGAAAUCGUGCAGCUGCGCGCCGCGCUGGGCCUGCCGCCGCCAGCUAACAUGCAUCUCAUGGGUCCUCAGCCCGUCGGCUACAUGGCCGGCAUGCAGCAGUUCAUCCUCGAACUGCAGGAGCAGCAGAAGAUUGCCGCGAGCUCGGGCGUGCCGUACCAUCCCCAUCUGCUCGACGACUCGCAAAUGGACCUCUCGCACUAGCAAGCUGCACCUGUCGUCCCCAACGCCUUCGCAUCAACCCCUCCACCCUUGUUCCGCCACCUUUGCCGUCCCUUGCGUCACCAAGCAUACUCUACACCUGUCUGUUCCCCUCACAGCCCGUCCGUCGCUCGCACGGCCCGACACUGUCCGGGCCCGACGCUAUACCUCCCUGUGACCCUCGACAACGCUGUCCGCCGUGUGCGCCGUGUGCUGCAACGGCUCAGGGGAAUGUGUCAUAUUUAUGGAGCG